AUGAACGAUCGCACACCACUGCUCAAUCUGCCCGUCGAAAUUCUUGUGCGGAUUCUGGAGUACGUUCCCGACCCAAUAGACUGCAACGCCUCACUCGAGUACAACUUCCGGCCCUUCUGGCAAUACGAGGCUCUUGAUAGCUCCAUGCUCAUCCCGGUCACUCACACCUGCCGUCGUCUGCGAGAGGUCAUGCUAUCUACCCCCUUGCUUUGGUCAACGGUGGUUGCGUCAUCUUCCCUGGACGAACCAAUAGCACAAGAAUUCAUUUCGGAUCUCAUACUGAGGAGCGAGAACGUCCCCCUGAAGGUACUGCUGUCUCCUUCCAAGCAAUUCACCAAACUGGUGGAUAGCUUCUAUCCCAAAAAUGCACACCGAGUACAAGAACUUCAUCUGACGGAUGUCGGGCAUCGUCACAUGAAGUAUCUGGAGUCACUUCUCUCCCUCGAGAGCCCUCUUUUGAGAUCCUAUUCCUUCGAUGGCCGAGCAGGCUCGCUAUCAAAAUGGCACACACACGCUUUGCCAAUCCCUAUGAACGCCGCCGCCUCUCUUCGAGACCUCUACAUUAACGAGGUCCCCUUGCUGCCAGAGAUACCCUUACCGAACAUCACCCACCUCGCCCUCUGCAACAUCAGCUUGCCUGGACUUCACGGGAAAAUAGAACAUGUCUUACGAGGGUGUCCUAACAUCGUCUACCUCGCACUGAGCAAUGACGUGCGACUGGAUGAGCUCGACCAGGACCCAGCGCCCCUGCACCUGCAGCACCUGCGCCGUCUUACACUGAACACCGUCGACGCAUACUCGCUCAAGUUUUACCUAUCCCUCAUCCCUCCAACGACCCACACAAUCGCACUCCAAGUCCUCACUUACCAGCCGGACAUCUGGACUAUCAACCACGGCCCCCAGGUCGCGAAUUGCAUCCAAAGCCCCAUCAAGAGGCUUGCCUUCGGGGGCCACCGCGAUUGGAGCACUGUCGACUUCACCGUAUCCGUCACUGCGGUCGCCUCAAGCAGCGUGUUCCACAUCGUGUCGUACCUCGCGCACUCGCGCAAGCUUGUCGUACGCGAAUGGCUCAGCCAUCUCCUUAACCUGGAGGUACCCAGUGCGUUUUGGGCUGUACGGGAGGUAUGGGUCACUCACGGGGACGAGCGGUGGACCGUGCACUCUGAGAGCGUCGCACGGGCGAUUGCGGGCCUGCCGCUGCUCGACACCAUCGUGCUCUCGCAUCGCCACUCUCGGACGCUCAUGGAACCGGAUCUCUCUCUGUGCCCCAACGUGGAUGACCCCUUGUUCAACUCCCCGUCCUUGAAGAAUCUGCGGCUGAUAUACUAUGACUCCACUGGCGACUCUCAGCUCGACGACCUGAAGGCGAGGCGGAGCCGGGGCGUGGUGCGACAGUCGUUGGCGUUCUACAGGAUGGUGGUACAGCUAAGGACGAACGCGUAUCGGUACUUCGACCGCCUCGUUGUCCAGCAUGAGCAGACGGUUGAGCCCACCGAGGAGCAUAUUGAGGUGCUGCGCGAGCACUUCAGGGAGGUGAUAGUCGAGGUUGUGGACAGACGACCUUCCAUACCUCUGCCGGAGACCUGCUAUGCGACCAGGUUGGGACCUGGAGGCGACUUCCGGAAGUUGGUAGCUGGUGCGUUAUGGUAG